CCGAGGGCCGUCCGGGAGCCGGCAGCCGCAGAUCGAGCGGAGAGCGCCGGGAGCACGGGCGCAAAGGAUCAGCUACAACGUGUUUCUGCAGGAAGACUUCACAAUGAAAAAAACUACCCACAGUUGCUUCUUACUGAUUAUCCUUCUUAUUAGAGUGGUUCCAAGUCUUACUGCUACUGUAAAUUAUACUGAUCCUACAUUAGAGCCUGUAGUAACUGAAAAUUCAGUCAUACGACAGAAGAUAAUAGAUUCGCAGUUCAAAUGCUAUGAGAGGAUGAACAGAGCUCCUCCAUAUAGGAAAAAAGGUCUGUUCUGCAACCGAACAUGGGAUGGCUGGUUGUGUUGGGAUGACACUCCUGCUGGCAGAAUCACUGCUCAGAACUGCCCAGAUUAUUUUCCAGACUUUGACCCAACUGAAAGAGCUUCAAAAUACUGUGAUGAAACUGGAAACUGGUUCCGCCAUCCUGAGAGCAAUCGAACUUGGUCCAACUACACUCUGUGCAACUCAUUCACAUCUGAAAAAUUGAAGAUGGCGUUCAUACUUUAUUAUAUGGCGAUCGUUGGCCAUGCUUUGUCUAUAACAUCCCUGUUGAUUUCCUUGGCAAUUUUCUUCUAUUUCAAGAGUCUCAGUUGUCAAAGGAUAACACUGCAUAAGAAUUUGUUUUUUUCUUACGUGCUGAACUCCAUGUUUACCAUUGCCCACCUCAUCAUCGUUGUUCCUAACCCAGGCCUUGUGAAAAGGGAUCCCGUAAGCUGCAAAGUGCUGCAGUUCUUUCACCAGUACAUGCUGGGCUGCAACUACUUCUGGAUGCUGUGUGAAGGCAUUUACCUGCACACGCUGAUUGUGGUGGCUGUCUUUGCAGAAGAGCAGCGCUUGCACUGGUACUACCUCUUGGGCUGGGGGUUUCCUGUAGUGCCAGCUUCAAUUCAUGCAGUUGCAAGAGCCAAAUACUUCAAUGACAACUGCUGGAUGAGUGUUGACACUCACUUGCUUUAUAUUGUUCAUGGACCUGUAAUGGCAGCUUUAUUGGUCAAUUUUUUCUUUUUGCUUAACAUUGUCCGAGUUUUGGUGACAAAGCUAAGAGAUACCCACCGUGCUGAGUCCAACAUGUAUAUGAAAGCUGUCAGAGCCACGUUAAUCCUGGUUCCCUUACUAGGAAUUCAGUUUGUUAUUAUACCCUGGAGACCAGAAAACCGACUUGCUGGAGAAAUAUAUGAUUACAUCAUGCAUAUAUUAAUGCAUUACCAGGGCUUGCUUGUGGCGACUAUAUUCUGCUUCUUCAAUGGUGAGGUACAAGGGGCUUUGAAGAGGCAGUGGACACAGUACAAAACCCAGUGGGGCCAAAGGCGUCGAGAGCACUGCUCCACCAGAUCAACCUCCUAUACAGCAACGUCCAUCACAGAGGUCCCUGUCUACCUGUACCAUCAUGACUCCAACAAUGAGCAGCUCAAUGGAAGAUAUGUAGAUGACUCUGAACUUGUUGCAUUGAAGUCUGGGGAGACAUCAGCCUAGCUGGGCAGCAGCCACUGCAGACACACCAUUUCAUGUCCUGCUUGUGAACAAAGAGAGUAAAAGAGUGGGGAAUCCAAGUGGAAGAGAGCAAGACUGGGUGACUGGACACAUGGCAUUCAAACCACAUCAGCCUCUGACAGCAGCAGUGCAGGGAAUCUGGCACAGAGGUAGGAAUAGCAGUUUAUGCUUCUGAGCAUGGAUGUGCCUGCCAGGCCAUGUCCUUCCUACACCUCCCACAUCAAGUGAUGAUCCAGCAGCAGAAGCGCCAGGAGUGCACAGCAAAUAGGAAAGAGGGAACUGGGACCUGGCAACUGGAAACAUUCCACACUUUUUGCUGUCAGUACUUUUCUUUAACAGCAGAUUUUGAACUAUCAACUUUUGCAUGAUGUAACUGUCUUGUGGUCCUUUACUUUUCCCCAUUUGAGGAACCUGGUGACUUCUGAAGAGAUUUUGCACACUGCAAGACGAAUCAAGCAGAGGAACAGAAAAACUCUUUCCAAAGUCCUCACAUCUUCAUGAUCUCCAACAAAUACCCCAACGUAUCAUCAUCCCAUUAGCAGGUGCAUAAAACAAAUGAUGGUAAAGCUGUAGUUGUAUAUUGUGAUCUCAGACACCCUCAAAAAAAACAGCCAGAUCUCUCACAAGUCCUGAAGGCAUCUGAAAAUAAUUUCUUUUCAGCAAUACAGGUAGUUCAAAAGCAUCUAUAGGAAAAAUUGUCACCCAAUUACUCAACCCAGAACUCAUCAUUAAGGCAUGAUUCUUUCAUUCUGAAUAAACUGGGAAAUUUGUUUCAAAAUUUUCUUUAAUAGCCACUCAGAGAUGAAUGCUAAAUGAGUGGUUGCCUCUAACAAAUUUAUGAUCAUAGCAGUAAAGGAUCCCUUGUAAGAAAUAAGGAACUAAUGUCACAGCACACAGAACUGUUUUUACAAUCUGUUUGCUGUUCUGACUCCUUUACCAUUGAAAGUGACAAUUUCAUGUGUGAGUCUGUCACCAGGAAAACAAGGUGAAUGUGCAGUUUGGGAAGUAAUGAGCACCUUUUAUCACGCAUUCAAAGCAUUGUUAGAGUCUGUGUGAUCACUGAGGCAGAAAUCAGGUGAGGGAGUGUUGAUUUGGAGUUAGAAGUUAUUGUAAUGUCUCUAAAAAAUUUUGCAAAUCACAAAAGGAAGACAGUAGGUGAAUUUCCUUCAGAAAGCUUAACAAAAAGAAUCUGCAAGCAGCAAGGACAGCGCCAAGGAAGUUUAGCAAGGCUGUGACUCCUCCAACAUUUUAUCCAUACAGUGUUUAAUGAAUACAAUACCAUUCCUUUUUGCAUCUUUGGCAAACUCUCCUGAAGAUCUCCCACUCCUUUGCCUUUUGUUUAGAUGUGCAUGAGAUAUUUAUUCCAAAGGCUAACACAGUACUCAUCACAAUCUUUAGUUUGAAGGAAGUUGGGAAGUUAUUGGUACUCCUUUGUUUUCUCUGCUAAUCAUUUAUGUCUGAUGCUUCCAGCCCAGCCCACUCUGCAAGAUGUAUGCAGUCAUGCAGGAGGCACUUGUGCAUUUCAAGUGUCUGAAUGCCAACUCUGAGGUAGGUGCUGCAAAAGUGCUGCCUUAUGUGGCAGGUGAACAGAACAAGACAGCAUGCCAUCUCUUAAACUACAGUUGUAUUCAUGUAGGAUUUCCUUCAUUGAUGUAAAAUUUUUUUCCUUCACAUUCUUGCUGUGAUUCAAUCCAUAAUGUUCUUUCUGCUUAGCAUUGCCUAGGGCACUUAAAAUAUCAAAUAUUAAAAUAGGUUAGAAUAGCCUUAAUUCCAUAUCUUGUCAGAUAUAGUAAAGGGAGAAAAGUUGCAAUGAAGUGGCUGAGCUCAAAGUAAAUUCAUUCGUAGUUUUAAAGGCUCAGACUUUCCCUCACUGGAACAUCUAGACCUUUCAGUAUUCAUCUGCAAAUUUUAAGUGGAGAUCUGCUGAAUGUGUCCACCUACUUGAGCUGCACAGAGCCUAUGAACUGGAACCAUGUCCUCACACACAGGAGGGAAACCAGAGCUUCCUCCUCAAUGCUGCAGCCACAGAACAAGAUCUUGGGAACAAGCAGUAUGUGCAGUUCAUCACAUGGUUGAUCUAAUGGAACAGCUGCAAGAAAAUAGAGCCCUGUGUAUUCAUUCAAGCUACGCUUAUUCUUCAGACUUAAAGAACAUAAAGGCAAUUAUUUUUUUAAUCAGUAUUCCACAUAUUGCUCUUUCUACCAGUGAACAGUAGAAAGAGAAAAAUGUAAUCACAAAGUGGCUCUGCUGUGGAUGCUGUGUUUCUGAAUGGUUUGAGGCACACCAUGUUUCCCAGGAGAGCUCCAGAAGGCAAUGUUAGUGUCUGAACGCACAGAUGAGCUGAUUGUGAAAGAAAUGUACAUAACGCAGAGAGUUUAAUAAUGAUCAUGUACACAAAAGUAAAAGCUGUGUAUGUACAAAAUUGAAAUGCUUUCCUAUUAUACUGGUUGGGUGUUUGUUUUUUUUUUUUC